UUAGUAAGUUUACACGGUCAUACUGAGCACAAAUGACUAUUUAUGUUAUGAACAACUGUUCGGGAGCAAAAGCAAAUUAAUUCAGCGGUGCAAUAUGACAUCCAUAGCAGGAGGCCACGGCGAGCCGAAUCCGAACAGCUCCUGGCUGAGUGCCCGCGGGUUCUGGCUGGCCUACCUGCUAGGCCUGCUGUCGGUGCACCUUAUCUUCUUAUCAGUGCCCUUCGUGAGCAUUCCUUGGGCUUGGACUGCCACCAAUCUGCUCCACAAUGCGGCCCACCUGUACUUCCUGCACGUCAUCAAGGGCGCUCCGUGGCUGAGCACCGAGAAUGACCCCAGCCGGCGAUGGACACACUGGGAACAGAUCGACGACGGCGUGCAGAUGACCACCACCCGCAAGUUUCUCACCGCCGUUCCCAUUGUGCUAUUCCUACUUACUUGCUUGUAUACCCGGAACAACACAGAACACUUCAUUGCGAACUUUAUAUCCCUUGUAGUGGUCACGCUUCCCAAAUUGCCGCAGUUUCAUGGCGUACGAUUGUUCAAUAUUAACAAGUACUAAAACUUGUUACAUCGAUUGGAUUUAAAAAUGUAUAUAACUAAAAUGCUGGCUAUUGUACUCAAUUUGU